AUGGCCCACAUCGGGGGUUCAGAAACGCGUGUUCGGUGUCUGGUUGAAGGUGAAGAAGUGUUGAACGCAGGACACAUCGUUUGCUGCGGCUUGAAACAAUGCACAGUCUCGUCGUACACCGUCCAAGUAUUGUGCCUGCAAACGUCGCAAGUGCGGCAGAAACCACACGAGCUGUGCAACAAUUUUUUUUUCUUACAAGGCCACUGCUCUUGCAAAGCAGGCAACUCGAAAUGCUGCAAGCACAUGGUCGCGAUGUUGCUUUUUACAUACAGGUAAGCAUGUACAAAGGCGAUUCGUAAGCUAGCAGUGAUCUCUUUUGCAUAUGUGUACCUAAGUUGCAGUCAAGUUUCAACGUACAGUGAAACACAGAUUGAUGAACAGUUUCUUGUCUCUGUAUGAAUGUGCUGGCCUUUUGUCACAGGAUUCUCGGGUUGUACUUGCAAAUUAUUUAUUUACCUGUAAUACAUUGUGUUCACUGCUGCAGAACUGGUGUCCUGAACCUGGACCUGCUGACUUGCACCGAUGUAAAACAAGCAUGGGGCAAGUUGAAAGGAAAGAACAUUUACAAGCCCAGAAAAAUUAAGGACUUGUGCCACGUGCAGCAUACUUCAAGGACCCGGUUGGAUAAACAGAAACUCGGUGCAAUCCGACAGCGGCUUAUUGCUGCUGCUGCACAAAGCGCCCUAGCAAAACAUGUGAUGGGCCGCUGCCUUCAA